AUGCUCAAUCUGGAUGCCUACGAAAGCAGCGAGGACGAGGUAGAGACACAUCCUCCCUCUGACCAAUCCCAGCGCAAGCAGACUCCACCACCUACAGCUGGAAACGCCCCGAUUCAAGACAAGACACCACUGGCUCGCGAGCAUCCCCAACCACAACCUCCCACCGCUGAAGUCCCGAGCGGUCCGGUUCUUGGACCGGCAUCCGUGCAAACCCCAUCCAAUGAGCUCUUAGAAGCCGGCCGCUCCUCUCCCUUUUCCACCACGCGAGCCCUGAUUCAGGAUUUGACUCUGCCUCCAGUGCCCAAUCUGGACAUACCACCAUCACCGCCGGGGUCUCCGGACCCAGCCGCCAAUGCGAAGUUUGAGCAUUUCCUCUCCUUGAAAGCACAAGGCGUACAUUUCAACUCCAAGUUGGCCAGCUCCUCGUCAUUGAAAAAUCCCAGCUUACUCAUGAAAAUGAUGGAGCAUGCUGGCAUUGAAGAGCAGUCGCAGUAUGAUACGUCUUUGCCGGCUGAGGUGUGGAGUGCAUCCAACCUACCACCGUGGGGGUUCAAAGAAGAGCUUCUCAAGACCCAGCAGGAAGUUCGACAGAAAAGUGAGGCGAAUAAGUCAUCUAGGGACUCGAUUGAAUUUGUUUCUGGUUCCCGGAAGGCCAAUUCUUGA